AUGUUCACAGUCUGCGGGUGAACGGUGUUAUCCUCUCCGCUCAGAGCUGAAGUGGGUCGGCUGUGUGUUCGGGAAAGACUUUCGUCUCUUCCGUCGGGAUCACUGUCUGCGGGCCGAAGAUAUCACUUUCCCAUCGACCUGCAGUGAGAGAUUUAUUGGAAGAAAAACCACGACUGAAGACGAGGGAACAGCAACAAGUGAACCAGCCCGAGGACUGAGAGCACCGACUGGAGAGAACCCAUCUGACUCGGAGAUUCCAGUGAUUCAGUCAGGAGAAAGUUUGCCCUGCCUCACUCAGGCACUUAAAGCGACACUCACAGUAAAAGAACCUGCAGUCUCGUAACACAAUGCACCUCUAAAGUCUGACAGCAGACCAGCGAGUGAAUCUUCGAUGGUGCAGAGUCAAAAACCAAAGUGUUGCCAGCCUGAGUCAGGACUUUGGGUCUCCAGAGAGAGAUGGGGUCUAGAGUUUACCAGGAGGAGGAGGAAUCAGACCAGCAGGAUGUGGCUACAAAAGAAAGGUCAGAAACUUUUGGAAACUGGUUGACCGAAAAAAAAAAAAAAAGGUGGUUAAUUUCAGGCAGCAAAUGUGGAGAGGAAUAAAAAUACAAUGUUUAGGCCGAGCCCCUUCAGCAUGCCUAGACUCUAUACACCGCUGCUUCGCUGCUUUCUGAACUGCCGAGUUCCUCCAGCUUUUUGUGUGUGUGUGUCUCUGUAUUCCCAGCAAUUGCAGAAUCUCCAGUGUUUUAUAUCUGCACUUUCCUUUGGCAUUAGGUAUAAGUUGAUAUUGAGUAUAUUGCUUAUGGGAGCCAUUUUCUGCGUUAAAACAGUUGCAGAUUUUUUUCUAUACACACUAUAAAAAAAAUGAGGUUUGGACAUUGAACCGGUGCUUGCAGAAAUGGUUAAUGGCACCAUGAUUACCCAUAGGGCUAUGCGUUAAGAAUCUUGCCGGCGCUGAAGCGCCGAUGAAAUGCCCUGGCAUCAGGCUGAGGCCGUCCCCGAGUAUCACGCAUGCGCGUAGUACACUGAAGGCCUUGAAAAUGUCGGGUGCAGGUUAAAACUGAGAAGGAAUUUGUCUCCAGGAAUCUCAAACACGGCACAACAGUUUUGUUGUCUCUGUCUAUAUAUUUAAGAAGUGGAACAAGGGAUUCAAUCGACAAUCCUUCCUGCUCAGACAGUGGGGAGGGAUUCACUCGAUCAUCCUUCCUGCUCAGACUGUGGAGAAGGAUUCAUUUGGUCAUCUGAGCAACUGGCACGCCCGGCAUUUUACACAGGAGAGAGGCUGUUCACCUGCUUAGUCAGUGGGAAUGGAUUCACUCAGUCAUCUCAACUGAAGGAACAUCAACAAGUUCACACUAGUUGAUGUUCCAUUCACCUGUUCUGUGUGUGAGAAAGGAUUCUGCUUGCCAUCCCAACUGUGGACACACCAGUCAGAUCACACUGGGCAGAGGCUGGUCAUCUGCUGAAUUUCAGGGAAGGGAUUCUCUCGGUUAUCUGACUUAAUGGCACACCAACGUGUUCAUACCAGGGGACAGCCAUUCACCUGCUCAGUCUGUGGGAAGGGAUUCACUCAUUCAUCCAGCCUACAGAGUCAUCAGAGAGUUCACACUGGGGAGAAGCCAUUCACCUGCUCAGUCUGUGGGAAGGGAUUCACUCGGUCAUCCCAACUACAGAGUCAUCAGCGAGUUCACACUGGGGAGAGGCCAUUCACCUGCACACUGUGCGGGAAGGGAUUCACUAGCUCAUCUAAACUGAAGGUGCAUCAGAGAGUUCACACUGGGGAGAAGCCAUUCACCUGCUCAGUCUGUGGGAAGGGAUUCACUCAGUCAUCCAGCCUACAGAGUCAUCAGCAACUUCACACUGGGGAGAGGCCAUUCACCUGCUCAGAAUGUGGGAAGGGAUUCAUACUGUCAUUCUACCUACAGAGACACCAGCGAGUUCACACUGGGGAGAGGCCAUUCACCUGCUCAGUCUGUGUGAAGAGAUUCACUCAGUCAUCCCACCUACGGAAUCAUCAGCGAGUUCACACUGGGGAGAAGCCGUUCACCUGCUCAGUCUGUGGGAAGGGAUUCACUCAGUCAUCACAACUAUUGACACACCAGUCAGUUCACAGUGGGGACUGGCCGUUGUUAUGAAUCCCUGGGUUUCAUUUGCUGUGGACUGUCAUUUUUCGAGAGUGAGAUUAAGAAGGUGAAUCAGUCUGACUUGCAGCUUGUUUAGUUUUAACUGAGGACACAGACACUCAGAGUCAGACGGAGACGAAGGAGGAAAAACUGAAUGAUCGAAACCAGGGAACUGGUGGCCAAGGGUCACUUUUUGGAACUUUCCUAUGCCCACAAGGGUGGGCUAAUUAUCGUUCACCGUACAUCGAAUGUGUGGUUGUCACCUCGUUUGAUCCAUAGGAGUGGAUCGGAUUUGGCGCAUCCUGUGGAGACCACUUAUGUGUUAACCCUUGCCUGGCUGUGGUGUGGUAGUUCACUUGAAGAUGAUACACCUUGUGACAAGUCACUUUUGGUGAUAAUUUGUAUGUGGAUUUGGAGCGAUGACGGAUAAAAUCUACAGCAACUGUUCUCUUGUUUUACCACCAUGAAACCUGUGCAAUUCUACAUAUUUGUGUUCUCUCGCCUUUUACCCUGGAUUACAAAUCUCUCUCUCUCAUCGCCUAUUCUGUAGUUGAACUGAACUUUCAUACUUCACCAUCUCAAGACUCUAAGCCUUGUUUCCCCCGAGCUCAAUAGUUUGGGAGUUACAUUUACACACAUUUAUAAACUUAACACUGUUAACAUCUGUUUAUCUUGUUUAAGUUGCAAUAUUACAAGUAGAUGCUAAUAAAGAUAGAUUUAACAUCAAAACCAGACUCCAGGUGUAGUCUAUUGCUGCUGGUUUGUUUCUAAAGCGUUAUGGUUCAUAACAAAUUUGGGGCCUGCAUCUGAGAUAUUUACAAAUUUGGGGGGCUAUUGAUCGAUUAAUUAUCGAUUUGAUUGGGUAAAUCCCUUUUGAUUUAUUUGUGUGUGGAAAUCAGCAGCAAUGGACAUUUAUAAAUUUCUGGAAGCACCAACCCCUGAGGCAUCAGGAAAAGCCAAAAAGAAUGAAUUGCUGACUGUUGCUAAUGGGCUGAAUCUUAAGCAGGUAAGGGGGUGUGAAGGACCAGGGCAAGCAUAAAACCGAGAGAGGAGGUACAGGUAAACCAAUAGGGGUUUUAUUAUAAAAUAUAGGCAUCCACCCCCUUUUUCAGAGACUGGGAUCCCUGUUUCUACCGGUAAUAAUGUGCAUUUCAAUGUGUUCACCUCUCAGUCCUCGAUUCUCUAAAUGAAAGGGUUAUCCACAUUUGAUUUUUCUUUAUAUGAUGUCCCAACCAUUUCAGGGAUCAGUCUAUUGAAACUUCAUUGCACUCUCUAUAACAAAUACUCUCUAACCACUUUGUUAAUCCUCUGUGCAAAAAAAUGCCCAUCUUCCACAGCCCCGUGUUGCCCCAACCACUCACCUCCUACCCCUGUCAUUGGCCCCACUUGCGCGUCAACUGUCCCAAUGUUAAUCCCUCUGCUCACCACCACCAUGUGCUCAGACAUUUCCACAAAUUUCCACCGGGACAAACAUCCUUUCACACCAUCUUCUUCCUUUCAAUAAAAUCCCUCCUCUCCCUCCCCAGGAACUGGCAUCAAACCGACGGACCGAGCGGUCUCCGACCUCUCGGCGACACAUCAGACUCCGGCCGCAGGAGACGCUUCACAAACGCCCCAACAUCCCUUGGAGGGAAAUGGACAUAAAUCAAAAAACGGACAUUUAUUCCGCUGUGAUGUGGAGUUUGAGGCCGGAGCGGGAGGCGAAAUCAGUGGGGGUAACGCCCUCUGGACGUCCACCUCUGCGACUGGUGGUAACAAGUGAUUGGCAUCGCUUUGCGCCAAUGGGAAUAGCACAGCCCUUGAAUCCUCUGUUGACAGCGGUGGGGGUGGGCUGGUCACGUGAUUAUUAGCCCAGCUAUUAAACUGAUAAAGCCCGAGCUCAGCAGAGCAUGGAUGACGUAAGACGCUGCGCACGUAAGGGCAGAUCCCGGUGUGGGAAGCCCAUGCGUGACGUUAGGCACGAGGGGGUUCUGUGUGACGUCACCUGUGGGGAUGCGCUCGCAUUUAAAUGCACCUUAAUGUGCGUUUCUUAUGAUUUCAGAGGGACAACAUUAAUCACGGGUUUCAUUACCGAAUCCAGUGUUGUGAGAUGUAAAGCCCCCUGUAAUGUGUCCGGCAUAUCCCUUUUGAUUUAUUUGUGUGUGGAA